AUGCUUUCAUUUAAAGAGUUUCUCGACACUACCGUGUUGCAUGAAAAACGGCCUGUCACCUACCGAUUAGUAGCAAGAAAGCUCGGCGUACACGUUAACACCGCUAAACAAGCUCUUUAUGAGUAUGCUCACUCGGAGUCACAAGUGCAUGCCGUGUACUGCCUGACAGGCACCGUGACCAGUGACACUGACAGUUACUUUGUUGUACGCUUGGUCAAAGACACAGAAUUGGAAGAGGCCAAGUCAAGCUUCAAACAAUUGACGGGAAUCCACGUUUACAGCGUACUGCCUUAUGAAGCCAAUGAUAUGUCGGUAUUAGCGAUUGCUAACAAGGAUAUACCUCAUUUGACUCUGCAAGAUCGUCAAAAAUGUGGCGUGUUGAUCCACACCACGGUCAGUCAACAAGCAGGAGCACCCAACAAACCGUCUGUAACCGUUCCGAAACCUACUCUUCCUUCCUCGACAUCAUCAUCUGCGUCCAAAUCCGCAUCAUCUGCCGCUGCUAAAUCCGCAGCAACAUCCAAAGUGGCACCCAAAUCCGCAGCAACAAAAGAGCAACCAAAAUCGAAACCUGGGUCAUCAUUGUCCGAGGCAUUAGGUAAACGAAAAUCAGCCUUUUCCACCAAUAAAGUACCGCCCACAUCCAAAAAAUUGGCCAUUCGAAAACCCGUGCCACCGAAAUCCCAGCCGUCAACAUCAGAACAAGAAAUACACAGCAAAGAAGAAUCGGAGCAUGAUACAUCGGAUGAGGAACUGGAUCGUCGUUUAGCUCAAGCCACGUCCAUACCGGCCGAAGAUAUAUUUUCGGAUGAAGAUGAAGAAAUGCAUGAUGCGUCUCGGGAAAGAAAAGACGCCCAAGCCGCCGCCGAGGACGAAAGCAUGGACGAAGCAGCAGACAACCCAUCCGCACCCGCAUCCGAACCUCAAACGCCUGAAAAAGCAGAUCAAGAGGUAUCGGUGGAACCUUUGGAACCUUUGGAACCUACCCCUCCAGGAAAGAUUCGACGUAAAGUAUUGAAAAAGAAGAGUUAUCAGAAUGAACGCGGUUUCCUCGUUACCGAAGAUGUAUGGGAAUGGGAAACAGUGGAUGAAGAAGAAGCGCCCAAGAAACCGGCGCCGACAAAACCAGCAUCCGCAAAACCGACUCCUUCCAGUGGUAAACUCAAACCGUCAUCAACCACCAAGAAAUCGGCAAAGAAAACAGGCGAGCAAAAGAGUUUACUCAGCUUCUGGGGUAAAAAGUAG